AUGGCCAACCCCGAAACCUUCCUCAUCUGGGGCGCCGGCGGCUGGAUCGCGGACCUCCUAACCGCCCACCUCCGCGCCCACUCCCGCACCGUCCACGCCACCUCCGUCCGCCUGCAAAACAUCCACCAAGUCGGCGCCGUGCUCGACGAAAUCAAACCAACCUGCGUGAUCAACUGCGCGGGCAAGACCGGACGUCCGAACGUCGACUGGUGCGAGGACCACAAGUUGGAGACUAUCGAGAGUAAUGUCAUUGGUGCCCUGGUGUUGGCGGGGGAGUGUGCGAAGAGAGGGGUGCAUUUGAGUGUGUUGGCUACUGGGUGUAUAUACUCAUCCGAGUACUCACCCGACCGCAACACCCUCCUCUCCGCCCCUUUCACCGAGUCCGAUCCACCAAACUUCUCCGGAUCCUUCUACUCUCUCACCAAAGCCCACACCGAAGCCCUCCUACUCCACUACCCAUCCACACUCAUCCUGCGCCUCCGCAUGCCCGUCUCCGACGACCUGCAUGCCCGGUCUUUCGUCACGAAGAUCAAAUCAUACGCCCACGUUGUUAAUGUGCUGAAUUCGCACAGCAUCCUGCACGACCUCUUACCGCUGAUCCCGCUGUUGGCGGAGCACAGAGAGACCGGGGUGCUGAACUUCACGAAUCCAGGCGCAAUAAGCCAUAAUGAGGUUCUGGAGCUGUAUCGGGAUAUCGUGGAGCCGGGGUUCACGUGGCAGAACUUCUCGCUGGAGGAGCAGGCCAAGGUUAUCAAAGCUGAUAGGAGUAAUUGUGGGUUAGACGCGGGAAGGUUGAUCGGCUUGGUGGAGAAGUAUCGGAAGGAGGGUUCCCAGGUGGAAGUGCCGGAGAUUCGAGAGGCGUAUCGGGGGUGCUUUGGACGGAUGAAGGAGGAGAUGCAGUCGAAAGCAGGUGCAGGAGUCGCUUGA